AUGGUGGACGCGGCGCUGGGGCUGUGGGCGCUGCUGGACGAGAUGGCGGAGAACGAGCCGCAGAAAUACCGCCGGCUGCUGCGGGAGCGGCGCGCCGAGGCGGAGCGGUUCUGCUCCUGUCCCGAGCCCCGGCUGUGCGUGCGGACUCUGCCCGCCGCGGGGGAGCGGCGCCGGGGGCUUCACGCAGCCUGUGGGCCGCUCUUCGUCAACGUCUGCGGCUGGAGGCGGGUGCCGGCCCCUGCCGAGCCCCGGGCCCGCAUCCCCGUCAUCGCGGGGCCGCUGGAGGAGGUGGCGGGCGGGGAAGCCUCUUACAGCAUUAUAGAUAUUGCAUAUAACCCAGAUGUUCUGCAGAGGAGAGAAGAAAACCCAGAAGCAAUGGAACACUUGAUUCAUUUAACGCUGAAAUUCGUAGAGGAGCGAUGCAACCUUGUUCUUUCACAUUCGUACAAAAUUGAAUCUUUCAAGCUGAAAGGAAGCCCAGAAAGGAUGUGGCAACGACUGAAAGGCAGGCAGCUGCCACCACCCCACCUCGGUCAGAGCACAGAGAAGGAACUGAUGCUCCAUCAGCUGCUGCACAGCAUAGAAGCUGAGGACUGCAGCGACGCUCCUGUCCUGCUGAAGGAAGAAAGUGUACUGCAGUCUAAAGUGCAGCUGAUAGAGGAAAUCAGCAGUACAGAAGUGCCAGAGGAGCUCAGCACCCCUGCCUAUGAAAUGACCACUGUGAGGGAUGCAAAUAACGAGCCAGUAAGAAUUACACUGAAAGUUGAAUUGCCUGAGGUUAGCUCUGUUUCUGAGUGUGAUCUAAGAAUUUCCAAGGAUGAUGUGAUCAUCAAUGUCCCUGAAAAAUACAAAUUACAAGUAGAUCUGCCAGAAUUGGUGGAUGAAGAAACAACGACAGCUGUGUUUAAUAAAGGAAAAGGGGUGUUGUUCAUCACAGCACCUGUUGCCAAGCCUGGGCAGUAAGGGAUGCAUUCUUUAGUUUGUGUUCUCAGAUGACAGAACUAAACAAAAGCCCAGAAUGAGAAUCCUGACUCCUGAUUGGUAGUGAGUUAAUGGACUUUCUCAUCUUCAGAGGUGAAUAUCUCAAAGGUAUAUGUAGAAAAGGAAGUCAGGAGGAAUAGUGGCCCGCUGAGCUUUGGAAAACAUAAGUAAAGACUGUAAAUACUCAAGAAAUAAUUGAAUACAUUAAUAGUUGUAUGUAAAUGCACACAUACACUUAUUACAUCAUUAGUACACAGCAGUAGCAGGUGUUUUGUUGUUGUUGUUCAAUAGGUUAUUUUGCUUACUGGAUUAAUGUGGUAAGUGCAGCUCUGGUGUGUACUUCAUGCUGCAGCAGCCAGCAGAGGCAUCACACACAGUUCUACACGUCCUGCUUACAGCCAACCCCUGCUGACCUUCCCUGCAGCACUUUGUGGUUAUGUCACUGACUGUGCCGACCUCGCUUCUUAUCAGUUUAGAAAUCUGUGAAUGAGACCACGAAACGACAGGCGUUGUAUAUCCAAAGCAUGGUAAGAAUUGAAGUUCCAGGCAGGAAGCAACCAGUAACAAUUUUGGAGCAUUUCAGGCAGGAAAGCCACCUGCAUUCAUUUACAGAAUAAAGAAGCAAUGAAAGGUUACUAAGAACAAUUAGUAGUCGCUGCCAGGGGGAAAACAAAAGGGAGCUUAGCGCCUAUGGCAAAUGCACACACCAUCACAUUAUUGCAGUGAUGUAUUGUAGGGUACAUCGCAAAUCAAAACAGACAAAAGCUGCAUCUUUAAAAUGCAAACUCCUGAAAGACCACGAAGCUCCAGGUUCUCCUCUGUUUCUUAGAAGGCUGUACAGAAGCACCGGGGAUUUGCAGCUAUCAGAGCCAGCAGGCAGCACCAGCACUGUAAGCACACACGAGGGAGAGACUUGCAGCCCAACAAAUCCUACUCCAGACUCAUCUGGGGAGUGCAGCUGCAGGGUGUUGACCGCUCUUACUGCAGGGAGAAAACUAAAGCUUCCAUGAGCCAGAACUUGAGCUGCUGCUGAGCGGUGCAGCAGGGAAGCUGGGAAGGCUCAAGCUCAGUGCUGCGUGGUAUCCUGUGCUUAAUGACCAUCUCGGGAUAU